UUUAAAUCGGUUUUCCAGCGCAUGCGCUGUACGUAAAUGCCGGCGAAUUCGAAAAUAAGAGAAGUCGGGUAAAUAAAAGCGAACUUUGAGAGAUGCGAGAUUCAAAACAUAUACGGUAAUGCCACGUCAUAACCAAAACCGGUCGUCUCCAAGUGGUUCUAGACGUCGCAAGAGUAAAGUACCAGUGCAUGUUAGGAGAGAAACUGAAAGGCCUUCACCAAGAAAGAGACGUUACAGGCCAGGUCAGAAGGCCCUACAAGAAAUCCGACAUUUCCAGAAGACAACAAAUCUUUUAAUCAGGAAACUCCCCUUUUCAAGAGUGGUAUGUGCAUAUCCUUUUUAUGCCUCUGUAAUCAGAGAUUCGGGGACAUAUAAUGGGGAAGCCAGUGCAAUCAUGGCUCUUCAAGAGGCAGCGGAGGCGUUUCUAGUUUUCAUGUUUGAGGAUGCCCAUCUCUGUGCAAUUCAUGCCAAGCGUGUGACAGUGACUCCCAAGGACAUUUGGUUAGCCCAGCGACUUCGCGGGGGCAGCUGAUGUGACACUGUUACAACAUUGCAUGUAUUAUUUUAGUAUUGUAAAGUGUUUUAUUGUAGAUUUAUUAGAGCUCCUGCAUAUGGCAGGUGCCCUACAGUAAUCACUGUCCAUCUGUCUGUUCAUCCAUCAGCACUUAGUAUGCUGCCACAUGCAUAUUUUCCUUGAUAAGAUUUUCAGAAGUUUUUUUUAAUACUUAAUACUAGUAUUAAGCAGAGGAAGACCCCUUUCAAUUAUCAGAGUUAUCAACUUUGACCUUAUGAAGUUAUGUAACUUAGAAUUUUAUAAUAUUGAUAAAACAAUAGCACUCUCUGUGGCACACAAUAACUUGAGAAAAUUUUUAUGGAAUUUAAAGGUAAUGCUUGGAUUAGAAAGAAGAAGACCCCUUUUGAUUUACAGAUUUAUCAGUUUCAUCAUUACAGAGUUAUGGGACUUGAAUUGUAUUUAAAUAGUAAUUAGAUGACAGCACUCUCCAUGGCACAUGAUAUCGUCAAGUCCAGGAAUAAAUUAAUAGUGGAUAUAUGACCCACGCUGAUUCCACUACUCUAUCAGAUUCACAUAGUUAUGUGGUACAGCACCUGAUGGAUAUAUUCGUUGCGGGACCCUUUCUGAUUUGUCAGUUUUUCUAGUUUUAGUUUUAAAUUACAUAUAUUUCAGGUCUCAACAGAGACUUGGAGAUAUUUUUAAAAGAUGUUAUAUUUUAUACAAUGUUAGUGCCUGUUCCAGUAAACCCAAUCAUGUAUGAAUGAUUAAGAUCUGUUAAUCGAAGUCAAACUAACCCGAUUUUUUCUAGCCUACUUUCCGUACUUCAGCAAUUUGUUAUGCACUGUACAUUAUUCAAUACAAUGUUAAUAAUCCCUGCCAAAUAGGUUGAAAUAGCAUCUAAGUUUAUUUUUCAAAAACGACUAGUUCCAGGUAAUGAUACACAAAAAGAAAAUAAUUGCAGAAAUUGUUAUUUUUAUGUAUGUUAAUUUCAGAAUAAAAUAUUUUAUAAGUA